CCCUUUACUCCUUCACCUCUUCGCCCGCCCCCCCUCUUCUUUUCUUUCAUCCUAUUCAUAUUUCUCUUAUCUCUCGCUCUCGCGCUGUUGGUACCAUAGGCUCUAUUUUCUAUUCUAUUCUAUUGACCCGCGGGCCAUGGGCGGAGCUGACGGCGGGGCCAACGGCGGCCCCCUGACGGACCACUCGCACCAGCGCCAACCACAGAUUACGGCGGCGGCAGUGGGGAGCAACGGCGACGGCGCAGGAAACGCGAUGGUGGGGAAGAAGGCGCCGUCGAAAGACCGGCACAGCAAGGUUGACGGGCGCGGGCGUAGGAUCCGGAUGCCGAUCAUCUGCGCCGCCCGAGUCUUCCAGCUGACGCGCGAGCUCGGGCACAAGUCAGACGGGCAGACCAUCGAGUGGCUCCUCCGCCAGGCCGAGCCCUCCAUCAUCGCCGCCACCGGCACCGGAACCACCCCCGCCUCCUUCUCCACCCUCACCGUCUCCCUCCGCCACUCCUCCUCCGCCGCCUCCACCUCCUCCGCCCCCCUCGACCUCAAACCCCAUUCCUCAGCCGCCGCCGCCGCCGGCGCUCAACACCUCCUCCCCCAGCCCCUCGCCCCCGCUCCCUUCAUCCUCGGCAAGCGCCUCCGCCCGGAAGACGACUCCGCCGUCGGCAAGGACGACGCCGGCGGCGCCGGGAUCGGCCCAGCCGGCGGGUUCUGGGCCGUGCCGGCCCGGCCGGACUUCGGGCAGGUAUGGAGCUUCGCGGCGCCGGAGAUGGUCGUGCCGCAGGCGUCGCUCUCCGGAAGGUUCGCCGCCGCCGCGCAGACGGUCGGGGAGGCGUCGGCGGCGAGGGUCGGGAACUACCUCCCCAUGGCGCAGGGCCACCUCAACCUUCUCGCCUCCUUGUCGGGCACGCCGGCGGCCGCCGCUGCCGCCGCAGCAGCGGCGGCAAACAGGAGAGAGGACGAGCCUCGCUGAUAGUUCCGGUGUUUUGGAGAGCUAGGGUUUUAGGUUUCCGUUAGAAGAAAAAAAAAAAAAAGAGGGUUUGUGGGACUUGGAAUGACGUAGUUAGGACUUUGUUUCUUUCCCGUUCGCUCUUUCUUUGAUUUGUGCCUCGCCAUUCCCCUCUUACCCUCCUCUCGUCAUUGAACUAAAGAUUCUGGAGGCACUCCAAGGGUAGGAAGGAUAAGGAAUUUGGAUUCAAUCUCGAGUUCUUGAAAGUAUUCAAUGCAAUGGUGAACGCAGUCAACAAGAACAGAGAGUGAAAAGAUUAGGCUUUGUUCAGUAGUUGAGUGUGGAGUGUAUGGAUUGAAUUCUCUUCUAUGCAACCUCAAAGAAGUAUCAUGGGACUUGAUCCAAGGUUAAGAUGAAGGGAAGGCUUGGGUGCUUUGGUUUGUGACUGCAGCUGGGGAAGAUUAUUCCCUUUCUAUUUAAAUCAAUCUAUCCACAUGUUGGUGUGGGGAUUUAAAAGGUUAUGGGCCAGUAUGUUCUUCAUUUUCAAAGCUUCAUCUGUAUUCUAAGCCAGAUAGAUUUCUUUGGGGUUUAUCAGCAUGGAAAUAAUGGGGUUUCUGUAUGUAAUUCUGGAUUGUUUGGGUGUAUGAGUGCAAAUAAAAAGUGUAGCUGUUCUUGCUCUGAACUUGUUUUUGUUCUCAGUAUCUCAUGUUUGCUUGGUUAGUGUGAAUACAAGUCUUUAUUGUCUCUUC